CACACACACACACGCGCGGGCGCGCGCGUGGAUCCACGAGCCGAUCCUUCUGCUCUUUCCCAGAAAAUCUGGAAAUUUUUAAACCUGCAACAAAGCCGUGAACGCACGUGAGACAUAACCGGCGGCGAACAGCUGAAAUCCGCGCGCACGCGCGCACUCAGGAGUGAACUGGACGGAACUGACGUCAUGCAAUUUAUCUUCGGGGGUGUUGUGUGUGUGUGUGUGUGUGUGUGUGUGUGUGUCCGCCUUGUUACAUUAAGGCGGGAUCUGGAAUUUGCUCUCCGCGCGCACUUCUAACUGACGUUUCACUUGGACGCGACUGUAACUAAGGCUCGUGCGCGCACGUGAAAAAGGAGGAAUAAACGCAGCGUGGACACACCCGCGGGAUAUGAUCCCCACGAAACUUGUGCCAGAGAAGCGGACCUCUCUGAGUUUUGGGUCCAACCCCUUGCAACUCGACUACACCUAUUGCCUCCGGUCAUUUAAACCGCUAGAGUGACAGCUCGCGCACGAGAAACGUUUUUAGCAUUUGAUCCUGGGUGCAGAGUAGAGUGGAGGAGAGGAGAAGAGAGGACACUUCAUAGCUUCAGGGCAAUGCAGCCUUUGUAGACUUGUAGGUCUUUUGCAAGUUUGAAAUCAGGAGACUCGAGAUCAUUUAGACUCUUUGAGGAUCUGGCAUCCUACAAGACAGAGAAUUGAUCCAGAAUUGUGAACAUGGCAUCAUUGUGGCAUGUGAUGCUCCGGACACUGGUUCCUUCAUUCCUGGUGCUUUGUCUGUGUGGGACACACACAUUUGGAGAUGAUGACUUCAAUGCAGAGUCCUGGCUCCGGAUGUAUGGAUACCUCCCUCAGGCGAGUAGGCAGAUGUCCACUAUGCGAUCGGCUCAAAUCCUGUCCAGUGCCAUCAGUGACAUGCAGAGAUUCUACGGUCUGGAGGUCACAGGAGAGAUGGAUCCAGCAACUAUAGCAGCCAUGCAGAGGCCUCGCUGUGGGGUUCCGGAUAAGUUUGGGGGUCAGAUCAAGACUAAUGUUCGCAGGAAACGCUAUGCACUCACUGGCCAUAAGUGGGACAAAACCCACUUGACCUUUAGUAUACAGAACUAUACUCCUAAGAUUGGGGAGUACAACUCAUACGAAGCCAUUCGUAUGGCCUUCAAGGUGUGGGAGAAGGUAACACCUCUGACGUUUGAAGAAAUUCCCUACCUGGAGGUCAAAUAUGGCCGGCGAAAGGAGCCUGACAUCAUGAUCUUCUUCGCCUCUGGUUUCCACGGUGACAGUUCUCCGUUUGAUGGCGAGGGUGGCUUCUUGGCACAUGCCUACUUCCCUGGUCCAGGGAUGGGCGGUGACACGCACUUUGACUCAGACGAGCCGUGGACAAUUGGAAACGAGAAUUUGCAAGGAAAUGAUCUGUUUCUGGUAGCAGUGCACGAGCUGGGUCAUGCUCUAGGUCUGGAGCACUCCAAUAAUCCUUUGGCUAUUAUGGCUCCCUUCUACCAGUGGAUGGACACAGAAAACUUCCAGCUUCCAGAGGAUGAUCUCAGAGGCAUCCAGCAGAUCUAUGGACCUCCUGACAGUUCCCCAACUCAGGCUCUUCCCACUGUGACCCCUCGCCGUCCCAACCAGCCUAAGAACCCACCAGGAGCCCCACCACGUCGUCCAGACCGACCGCGCACCACUGACCGCCCAGAUCAGUAUGGCCCCAACAUCUGUGAGGGCAACUUUGAUACGGUCACUGUGCUCCGUGGAGAGAUGUUUGUUUUCAAAGGUCGCUGGUUUUGGAGGGUCCGAAGAAACCGAGUACUGGAUAACUACCCCAUGCCCAUCGGCCACUUUUGGAGAGGCCUUCCAGGAGACAUUGAUGCAGCAUAUGAAAGACACGAUGGCAGAUUUGUUUUUUUCAAAGGGAAUCGGUUCUGGAUUUUCCGGGAGGCCAACCUGGAGCCAGGCUACCCUCAGGAGCUGGUAGAUUAUGGCCGGGACAUUCCUUAUGACAAGAUUGAGACGGCCAUCUGGUGGGAACCAUCAGGCUACACCUACUUGUUUAAGGGAGAUAGGUACUGGCGUUUUAAUGAGCAGUCGCGUGCAGUGGACCGAGACUACCCUAAACCAAUCAGUGUUUGGGAUACGUCAGUACCCACAUCUCCCAAGGGAGCUUUCCUCAGCGAUGAUGGAGCAUACACAUACUUCUACAAAGGCAGCAAGUACUGGAAAUUCGAUAACCAUCGGAUGAAGAGUGAGCCUGGAUACCCCAAAUCCAUCCUGAGAGACUUCAUGGGUUGCAACGUGGACCUGGAUCCUGACCGAGACACAGACGUGGACCCGGGACGGAAGUGGCCUGACAGACCACCCUUCAACCCGGAUGCAGGCCGAGACAAGGACAAAGAGAAAGAAAAGGACAAGGACAAAGGAAAAGACAAGGACAAGGAGCAAGAUCGCACCAACGAUGUGGACACCAAGGAGGAAACGGAAGAGAAGACGAAUGAUGUGGAUGUGGUGCUGAAGAUAGAUGAAACUGAGCGCACCAUGAACAUCAUCAUGGUGACUGUGCCGCUGAUCCUGGUGCUGUGCAUCCUGGCGCUGAUCUACGCCAUCAUCAACACGCUGCAGAGGAAAGGGGCACCCAAGUACUUUGUGCACUGCAAGCGAUCCCUGCAAGACUGGGUUUAACUUGGACUCCUAGGUUUCAACUCUGACCUCUGAACCCUUGACCUCUCUUCCCUUUCGUCCAUGUCGGUUUUCAUCUUCCUAAUAUAUUUACAUUGUGCGCACACACACACACACACACACACACCCACACACCCCCCUUAUACUCUGUUAUCCCAUGGUGCUGUCCUAAUGCAUUGACUGUAGUCUAUUUAUAUGAGAGUUUGCACAUUUGUUAUUGUUGUUUUCCUUCCUUUCUUCAUGGUUUUGUUUUUCCCCUCUUUUCACUCACUUGUGCACAUUUCUUUUUAUUUCUAAACCAGAAUGAUUUUUAAUUGUGCUAUGAUAAACUGCCAUAUGGCUUAGGAAGCAUACUCUGGAUGAGAAAAAUACAAGAGAAAUCUAAAGCAUGCGCAGUACGAAAAAGGGAAGAAAAGGAGUCAAUCUUUGAGAUCUUAAUAAUUGCUCCCUUUACUCAGGAUUCAGAUGUCGUCUAUUCACUGACUGGAGAAGCCAAACGGGAAAGACCUGUUGUAGAAAACAAACUGUUUUCAACACGACUGGCCAUUUAGCGCUCUACUUGAGGCAUGCUUGCCAAUGAUGAAGAAAAUCCCAUGUGUUUUAUUGCCUUAGUCGAAGCACUCAUGCUAUUGUUUUAACAACGGUGCCUUGGUCUUUCCAGCCAAAAGCCUUCCUGUAGUUUUACCCCUAUAGGAGGAGCCCCUUGAUCUCCCUCGUGUGUUGCUUUCUCUCUAUGAUCCUAUGAUACUGUUUGACCGUAAUCUUUUAUUGUCAGAGGAGUGUAGCUCACGUGGUGCUUUUCCUUUAGGACAAAAAAAGGCAGCGUACUGUGAAACCACACUGCAGGGGGACGGGAGGGAACCUUUGAGGUACUGGAUGCUGAAGGAGGUUUUUUUUUUUAGAUGUAGGAACCAUUAGCCAAGUGUAGGCUUGCUUUAAACAAUGUAAUCAAACGCAUACACAAAAAGGCUUAUAAAAACAUACCACUAGUACACUAUAUACCACUUGAGAGGACCAAUUCAAAAAUAAAUAAAAGGCAUUUGUGUUUCUCGAGCCGCAGUCAUAAUGAAAGGCCUUGCCGGGCCUCUUUCCCUGCCCUGUUAGAGGCUGUUAGAUAAUCCUCUCAUUUUAAAAACAGCAGGUGGGCAAAAACAUUGCUAACCUCCCACCAGGGUAACAUGAGGCCUUCUGCACCUAAGAAAUCCUACUCUGAUCUGCUGACGCAUGUAGAGAGCACGAGAAAGCAACGGAGAAGAAGCGUGAUAUAGAGAGAGAGAGAGAGAGAGAGAGAGAGAGAGAGAGAGAGAUCUGUGAAGGUUUAAAGGGAGGUGGUUCAGCUGUGGAAACCUUAUCUGCCAUUGGAAGACGCUUACAGUGUGUUGCUCCAGAGACAACUUACUUUAUACACAUUUCAAGGGUGGUGCAGAGGAGCCUGAGCUGUGAGAAUAUCCUCUUGAGUACAACAGGGAAGAGGACAGAGCAGAUCCUAUGCUCCUAUGCUCAUAUGGGAGCAGGCUGGCACACAUUCGUGGCAUCCACUCUGCCACUGGUUAUUUUUGAACCACAUAUUUUGAAUGGGAAACAGGAUCUGCUGCUGGCAUUCGCUCUCCGUCCAUUCAACAGCUACGAGCUGGCUUUGACAUGUCGCUCACGCUCCUCAAGAUUCAAACUCGAACUUGAUUUUGAUUGAGGAUUGAGCAGCUUGUCUUUGUUUUAAGUAGAAAACUUUCACAAGAAAGUGAUUUGCUUAGCGUGACCUCAAAACAUCAGUUCAGCAUUGCACAUUUUUUGAGAAACAAUGCAUCUCAGUGCCAGGGGAGAAAGUUUCCGUGUUCACAAAGGCACAGAGGAUGGCGUAGAUGAGAGAAGGAAAGUGAGUGGUACUAUAAAUAUUGCCUUGUCGGGCAAGGUUGACUCGAGACCACUUUCAUAAAUAUUAUGGAGAGACUAGAGGAGACAGAGGACAGUCAUGACUUGCAUGCCAUCGCUGAUGGAGGCCGUUCAGCUCCCUUGCCAGGCAGCACCCUUCCCCCUCCAUUCGAAGAGGAGAGUUAAUCAGAGAUAAAAGCCGUUCCUCCUCUCCUCUCCUCUCCCCCCUUCCCCUCCUCCCCAGAUCAAUGAAGAAUACACAAACAGGCCUGAAGGGGAUCCAGAAUUCAAGACUUCAUGCUCAGCCCAUGCUAGCCUGAUAUGUUCCCAUACGUGCAGAUGUUUACUUGCUGCUCCGCACCUUUGUGGCCUUGCUUCGAGAGACCUUCUGGCUGUUUUGGUGUCCUGGCUGAUUAAUGUUAUCUUUGUGUUUGCUUAGGCAAUUGAAACCAAAUGCUCUGUCAAGGCCGUUUAAAGUGAACUUGUCCAGUAAACACACUGCUCGUGUGAACUGUUCAUAAAAGAAAGGCUCACUUUAGACUGUUUAACCUUUAAAGACAGAUCUUUCCUGAAGCUAGAGCUAGUUGCAGGACUACAUUGGGCAUGAUCUGAAUCCUUAAUCAUUUAAGUGAGUGAGUGAGUGAAGUGACUUAUCCUUAAUCAUUUACAUGGUAGCGAUGAAACAGGAGUGGUUAUGCUGGAGAACGGCUAAUAAAUUAAUAAAUAAUCAAAGCUGCACAUAAAUCUGUGUAAUGAGAAUGUUAGGAUCCAUGCUUCAUUCUCCCACUCAUGUCUACUCCUGUACUUCGGCUCAAAUAACAAUGGACCCUCUUACUUUGGGCAUUAUUGUCCUGCAUAGUACUUUUUCUGGCCAACAGGAAGAAAGUCUGGGCUUUAGGCCAAAUCCAGGAAGCGUCCUCCCACAAUCGCUCACUCUUGCAUAGCAAUCUUAAAGGCAUUGUGGGUUUUAGUAAAAUAUUUCCUGAAGUUGCAGCUCAGUGAUUUUUUUUUUUUCAGUUGUGCAUUGUUUUUUUUUUUUUAGCAGCAUUGUAUUUGUGCAAGACGCAUCCACACAAAAUAGCAGACGUGAUUUAAUGUCUGUGAUCUUUCUCAUUCUCUGUCUUCUGAUUUAUGCAUGAAACAAGAGUAGAUCUCUGUUAUUCAUCUGUCCUGCUCAUUUCUUUAAUCCCAUACUGUAAUUGCUAAAUAGUAUGAACAAAGGAUGUCAUAGUGCCGAAAAUCUGUCAUAUUUCGGUAACUGUAGCCUUGGCAGUGUCAGGAUUUUUGUCAGUAUUACGCAAUCUGUGUCAGGACUGAGAAUAAUUUCACUGUAGUCUUUAAACUACACACUGACAGUACGUCUGUUCCUGUGUCACUGUAUCACGAAGCAUCUCACUUUACCCCAUGAGCCAUGUGUCAUGUCUUUUAACAAAGCAAAUCCGUGCACAGACUGAAUAAUUAAUCAAAUCAGGUAAAGAAAUAAAAGGCUCACUCAUGUUGCUAAAGCAAUGUCAUGACAAUGUUGUGCAACUUAUAUAGUGCUGCAAUUAUUUUUAAAAAACCUCAUGUUUAUUAAUAAUGAUUAAAUGUAUGAUACUAUUUUUGUGGUUUUGGUUCAAUUGAUUGAUUUCCUGACUAUCUUAUUUGAAAUUAAUUGGUUGUUUUUGAAAUUGUAAAUAUUGUAGGACUUUUUUACUUUGUUAAUAACAUUCCGGUUUUGUGUUUUUAUUUUGUUUUCUGAUGUAGAAACUGAAGAUUUUAUACAUUUGUGUUGUUUGUUGAUCACAUCUGUUGAGUGUCUCUAAUGAUCCAUGCUGGACAUGUAAACAAUAAUAAAUAAAUGAUCUGAAUAUGAAA